GCGGCUGAAUAUAAUACAAUUCUGAAGUUUGUAAGAAUGAUAGAUCUUUCAAAAAAUAAGUUCUUUGGAGAGAUCCCUAUAGAAGUGACAGAUCUUUUAGAAUUGCAGUCAUUGAAUCUGUCCCACAAUUCUUUCACCGGGAGAAUUCCAGGGAACAUUGGUGCUAUGAGAUUUUUAGAGUCCAUUGAUUUUUCUAGAAAUCAACUUUCUGGUGAAAUCCCACAAAGCAUUUCAAAGCUGACAUUUUUAAGUGUCUUGAACUUUUCCAACAACAAACUUUCUGGAAAAAUUCCUUCAAGCACUCAACUGCAAAGCUUUAGUGCAUCUUCUUAUACUGGCAAUGAACUUUGCGGUCCUCCUCUUUCUAAUAAUUGCACAGUAAGUGUUCCAACAUCUGGCGAUCAGAACAGAGGAGAAAAAGAAGGUAAUGAAGAUGAAGUAGACUGGUUUUAUGUAAGUAUGGCUCUUGGAUUUGUGGUGGGAUUCUGGAGUUUUAUAGGACCUCUAUUCUUUAGCAGGAGAUGGAGGUGCAUGUAUUUCCAAUUCCUGAGUAGCCUCCAAGACAAACUGGGCAGUGUUGUAAGAAAAUGUUAUUAGACUUUUUGUGUUUCUCUUUUGAUCUGAAUGUUUGGAGCUUACGUAUUUUGUAUUUUCUACAUAAGGAUGUUAUUAGUGGUUAUGGUAUUUGAGAUCAAUAAAUCAUGUUUGUAUUAA